AUGUUGCAAAAACUUAAAAUUCAACGUUCCCGUGAUACAAAAUAUCCGCCUGAACUCGUCUCAAUGAUGGAAUUAUUACCAGCGAUACAUGAUGCGACAUGUGAGUUGAUGAGUUGCUCAGAUGCAAUAUCUCGACGAUUUCAACUUAAAGAUGAAACAACGACAAUAAGUGAAAAGCUUGCAUUAUCGAUCAAAAUACUAACACCAAAAAUUGCUCAACAUGAGGAAUAUGCAAAUUUUUUGAAAACUCAAAGCGAAAUGUAUAAUAUAAUUGGUAAUAUACAACGAACAAUGUAUACCAAAAUACAGGAUAAGGUAACAAAUCGGCUAAAAAGUUGGAUUGUAUCUGAUUAUGAACGUAUCAUAAAUUCAAUUUCAUUAUUGAAAGAGAAGCAAUGGCAAAUGGAUAUGACAGUAACAGAAGUUGAAAAGGGUGAAAAGAGUGGUCCAAAGGAUGAAAAUACUGAAACAGCUAGAAGUUUUAAAUUGGAACAAUCACGUAAAGAUUAUGAAAUGCAGUUAGCUUUGGUUAAGGCUGAUUUACGUAAAAUUCCAAUAGUUCUAGUCGAUCAUGCAAUUUGUUUAAAACAUUUCAACCAGUUAAUGUCCGAUUAUCAUAAACAAAUGGAAGAAGUGUUGAAAAAAUUUGGUGCUGAAAAAAUUUAA